GCGAACGUGAAAAAAGAUGGCCGCUUUAGCUAAAGCCCCGACUACACAUGAAGGUAAAUGUGUCUCUUUUACACUCCAAGAAACAAUACUAUGCCAGCUUUAUCCAUUGCCUGAGUAACUGAAGUACAUUUUCUUCCUUUCAGAAAUCGAGUGGCAAAUUCAGCAAUUACAAGCUCAACGAUCGAAUUUACCCAAAGUUGACAUCGGAGAAAAGGUUAGAUUUUCCUGACGUACUCUUUUAUUCGCGUCUACUUUCGACUGUGUUAUAUGAGGAGAUACAUUUUCAAUGUCUUAUUUGCCUUCUGUAUUGUUUUAAUGUAGAUAUCAAAAGCUUUUUAGGCUUCACCAUCAUAAAGUACCUCAAAUAGUAUAAUAAAAAUGUAAUUCAAGAAGAUGAUCGACUUGUUUGCAUUGUUGGUCAUGUACCUUUUAGGUUGGGUUAGCUUCUGUUGGCGAAGGAGGAUAUGAUGUCGACAUUUAUGGUGCGGGUGGUGGCAGGUCAGUGUCCGUUAUUUCUCUCUCGAUAAUUAUUCUUGUAUGUUACAAAUAUUAUCAGUGACUGUACUAAUUGAAAAUUUUCAGUCGCAUUAUCCCGAAUACUUUUUUUUUGCAUCACGUAUUAUUAAUUUUCCUGUGAUAAAUUUAUUUCCUUUAUGCUGCCAGAUAUGACCUCUCUGUUUAUUGAUAUUCAUUUCAGGUUUGAAGGCUAUUCAAUCGAUAUUGCUCCAAAUGAACAAGAAGAGGUGAGCAUCCUUAAAUCUGGUAUUCAUUAAAUAUUUGUACUGAGAAUGUCUAACAACCUGGUUUCAGAACCCCAUAGAUUUGUUGCAGUUAUUCUGUUUGCUUAAGUACUAGUACUGCUCACAUCUAUUUUUUUAAAUUUUGAAGUAUUUUUUUUAUUUGUUCAUGACAGGAUGAUGAUGAUUACUCUACCACUAUUAUGCAUCCUUCAAGGAACACUUAUACAGCCCCUACAGCACUGUUAAAUGAUAUAGCCAGGUCCUCUGAGAAUGUAAGUAAACCUCAACAAUGUUUGUCUCUUGUCUCAAAUCCUUUCAUAAUUUUAUAAGUAGAGAUUCAUUGAGAUAGUACUACGAAUGGAAGAAGAGUUAACCCUUUAACUCCCAAGAUCAGAUUGUAAAUUCUCCCCUGUAUCUAACACACAAUUCCUUGUAAAUAAAUGAUGAGAAUUUGGUGUUAGAUCAAGAUAACAACUUCUUCCUGAUAAGUUUGAGUAUUCUCAUUACCUGGUGACUGGCUAAUGUAGGGAUGUUAUAGGGGGAAGUUACAAGUUAAUCACUUCAGGGAGGUAAAGGGUUAAUCUUGACUGUACUGUAUGACAUAGGUAUAUAAAAAACAGCAACAAUAAUAUAGCAGCUGAGUAAGGAAUCAAUUUGACCUUUUGACCUCUGAGAGUGACUAGUAUUUAGUAUUUCCUUACAGCGUCACCCUCAAAUCAGACAUCAAGGUCACAAGAAUAAAGGAAAUGAUCAUUAGCUUAAAAAAGUCAGGAUUAUUUAACAAUUUCUCCUAGUCAGCACCUUAGGAAAUGUAUAGAGAACAGUAUGAAGAAUAUGUAUAACUGAUGUUAAUGUGUAAAAGCUUAGAGAGAAGUGAGUUUGAUAGAAAAGAAUCACAGGUUCUUCUAUCUUCAUUGAUUACAGGUGGAUCCAUUUGCACAACACAGGCAGCAAACCAUUGCGGAGCGUGAAGAUGAAUACAGAGCAAGGAGAAGGCAGAUGGUGAUAUCACCACCAAGGCAUGAUCCUUUUGCAGAUGGUAGGUGUUGUAGAUUGAUGGAUUAUUUUUAAGUAUUCUUUAUGCCAGUGUUUCUCGUGUAUGUGUUUAACCUGCUACAAGGUAGUCAAGUAGGAGGUAAAGUGUGGUUGGAAUUGAGGAUUUGCCCACAAUGAUGAUGGUCACAUAAUAGUCCAUUUUACAGUUGUGUGCUUGGUUGCCAAGCCUUUGAACAGGAAUGAGGCUAAGGGUGACCUUGUUAUGAUACAAACCUUGCUGCUUUUCAAAUGCAAAUUACUUUGUUAUCAUGCUAACUAGAUACUGGUCUCUAUCACAACAAGGUCACCUUCAGCCUCACUCCAAAUCAAAGGCUUGGCAACUAAGUGCACAAAUGUAAAAUGGCUAUUGUAAUUAACCAUAAGUAGAGAAGAAUGAUCAUUUUUUGGAAUUCAUUACAACAUCCAGUUGCAACCUUGUUUUGACUUAGAAAUGUUUUAUUAGGUAUCUAAAUUAGUUAUUCAAUUGAUGAUCAAAUUUAGUUCUAUUUAUUGACUGAUUUACCUGUUAGCCGUUAUAUACAAUUUUGCAGUUUUCAAAGUUUUGUCAGUAGUCCCAUGAAGACAGACAAAUUAGUGACAUAAGAAUCAUUGAAGAAUUCUUGUUGACUUAAAUCAAGUCCUCCUCUUAAGCUUUCUAAGCAGUAUUCCUUUAAAGAAUUGGCAAGGGAGCUUAUUGCCAAGAAUCUGUGCCUCCCACCCUUGAAAAAGGCUUAAUUUUUCAAGUGAAGUAGAAUUUUCCAGCCAAGUUUGAACAAGGAAAUUAUCCUUUGUAACCAACACUGUUGACUCCAUUGGUCUCCUAUGAUUCCUUAAGCUGCCUCAAAUUUACUAAGCAUUGCUUUUUCCAUCUGUGAAUAUACCCUAAAGUAGAUGUUUGGCUAAUGCAAAACUUUCUUUGGUUCUUUGCAAAAGGCUGUCUUGCCUAUGCAGUGUUGUUAGUCUGGCUAGAGCAGUUUUUGAUUGGCUGUUGCAAAGAAAAUUACACAGUGUAUCACUUAUAGCUUUUUUGUAAUUCAACAGUAAUUUACUAAGAUUAUUAGAGAAUCUGCUCUUCAUACCAAAAGUUAAAAUCCAGUGGAAUUUUAUUUUUGAAAAAAAUUAUGUGCCACAUGUUUUUUUGAUAUUUUGUUUUCCAUGUGCUGGUAGACUAGAUUUUUUGGUCAUCAUUUGUCAUUCAAAAACUGCUCUUUGCUUUUAUGAUUUAAGUAAGAACUGUUUACUUCAUUUUACUUACUCCUAAACCCCUUUUCUUCAUUCAGCGGUGAUGGAAACUUCACUCAUCAACUGCGCAAAAUUAAUGCAAGAGUAUUUGUCUCAAUGUUGGUUAUUUAUAGAUACUAUUGUUCAAGUUUUAUUUUUGGUACAAGUCUUGUGGAACAAAGUGUCAUUACCAGCAUAAUUUCAAGGCUAUAUAAUUUUUGAAUGACAAUGUUUGAAUAUUUCAAUGUUUGCUAAAUUGUAGCUGUUCAAGUUUGAAAACAGUUUUCAAAGUGUUAUACUUGCAAGUAAUUUGAAUUCUUGAUGGUUUCACAACAGUGUUUCAUCAUCAAUACAUGAAUCUAUGUGCAAAGGGAACCCUUUUUUCCUCAAAAUUAUAUAAUUUUUACAGUACUCUGUAUUCUGAAAUGCAAGGUGAAUUUUAAUCAUCUUCACUUAAAAAAAAAAUUGAAAAACAGAUGUAGUCAGACAAAAUUUUGUACUAUCAUGCCAAAGCUAACUUCAUCCCUUCCAAAAUUAGUAAAUUAAAAAAAAGAGGCAUUGUGAAGAGGACACCUUUCCUCAAAAUCCAGGGAAAGUUUAUUGAAAUUUCAUAUUUGUAGGGUGUAGAAUACACAGUACAUACUUAGAGUAAGAUGCCAUAAGCCAGUACUGAUGCUACACAGUGGUCGAUUACUGACCUCUGAAGAAUUUUUAAAUAGGAGAAGUGCUUGAGUUUAUCAACUAACUCGAUGCCAUGCCAAGAUGCGACGUCAGUGACUCAUCUCAAGACUAGCCAUUGGGUUGGUGUUACCUUGCCGCAGCCACCUUUCCAGACAAAAAAAAAAAACAAUUGUACAUGUGUGGUGUUAUUGUGUCUGUUUGUCAUAAUCUGUCUUUUGCAACUAGCAGCUUAGUUUUAACAAAUGCACUUGCUGGUUUCUGAAAGUCCUAAAAUGGCAGUUACAAUUGAACUGUUUCCAUGGGUUUGAAGAGACUGGCAAUUGUUGUGUAAGAGUAGUAGUUGAAAGAAUUUCAGAGGAUUGAAUUGCAAGAAACUGCAUGGUAAAUUUUUGUGGUAGGGUUUUCUAGUCUGUUGUACCUCUUCAUAUUGUUAGCUAAGCUGCUGUGAUAAUUUUAUUAUUUUGUCAUGUGCUGUUGUGUUUGGUAAUUUGAAAGCAGCUAAUAUUGUUUCUGUUUUUUAUUUUUCUCUUGUAAGGUGGCAAAACACCUGAUCCAUCCCAGUUGAUUAAUACAAGGACGUAUCAGGACAUUAUUCAAGAAACAGCUCUUCAGAGAGAGCAGGUUUGUAUUCUAUGCACUUUACAUAGAUUAUGGACUAAAUUAAUGAUAUUUUGAGCUGAAGAAGGAAUAGUCUCAUUUUUGUGAAGGGCUCUCUUUUUUGUUAAGUUUUGCCAUAUUAUAGAUUUUUCAUCAGUAAUGUUGGGCUUUUUUUCUUAAUGAUUUGUUACAUAACUUCUGUCAUUGAAACCUUCUACAUGAUGAUCCUUCAAGUUAUCAAGUAGGAUGGUCUUUGUGGAAAAGGUUAGAACAGUAGUGAUAAGUUUUGUUUGUCUCCUCUCUAGGCACAAAUCUUUCAUGAUAUCAGGAACCAAGCAGCCUCAGGGGAAUUACAAAAGGCUCAACCAGCUGCAGCAUCAAAACCAGGUUUGUUUCUGUUAACCUUUCAACCAAGAUUUGAUUGUGAAUUCUCCCCUCUAGCUGUGACAUAUUUCAUUGUAAAUUAAUUACAAGAAUUUGGUGUUAGUUCUAUAUAACAACAUUUACCUAAUAACUUUGAGUGUUCUCAUUACCUGUGUUGGUUGAUGUAUGGAUAUUAUAUGGAGAAGUUACAUGUUAAUCAUCUCAAGGAGUUAAAGCUUUUCAAUCCCCUCUUCAAGUAUUAAUAUUGCAACAAGAUAACACUGUGCUUUUGAUGAUUAUUGGAUAUUUAUCUUCUCUUUUUUAUUUCUGGGGAGGAAGGGAAGAAACAUGUAAAAUAGGUGCAAGCAGCACGCUUAGCUGAUACUGAUAAAAUGUGGAACAGAGUUGUUUGCAGUUUAAACAUGAGUGGAAUUGUAUUUCAUUUCAUUUCAGAGAGGAAGCGCCGCAGAUGGGAUCAGCAGGCUUCUGGAGAUGAAACACCAGCCAAGAAAAAGUCUAGCAGUUGGGAUCAGGCUGAGGUAGGAAAACUUGCUUCUCAGAGACGUCAACCUUUUUUUCCUCAGGAUAUAUCUAUGAGUACUGGCUUCAUGUCCUUAAGGCAGUAUAUAAAUCAAAGACAACUCAAUUCUUGUACUGUUUAUGAACCCUCCAACCAGUCUUUAGUCAGCUUUGAAAGCAAUAAAUGCAGCCAUUUCUUUCUCAGAUAAAAUUUUAAAACCUUCAAAACCUUUGCUUGCUUUCAUUACAGAUGGCGACUCCUUCUGCCAGUCGCUGGGAUGAAACUCCUGGGCGUGUAAAAGGCUCAGAAACACCAGGUGUUACCCCCCACAGGCCUGGCUCUGAGACACCAGGAGCUACCCCUAGCACCAGGAUAUGGGAAGCUACACCAAGCCAUGUGACCCCUGGACAUGCCACACCUGGACAUGCCACUCCUGGCGGCAAUACCACACCAGGUAAAGUCUUCUUUUUGUGUGCUUAGGGUUCAUAUAUUUAUGUAUAUCAGUUCUUAUUUUGGGUCAACUAUUGUUAAUUUCUAAUGGCCUUUGUUUGAUUACUAGGCAUUUCAUCAACCAGGAGAAAUCGCUGGGAUGAAACUCCCAAGACAGAAAGAGGUUUGUUGUUUUCAGUAUCUCAAUAAUCUCCUCUUUACUGGGCAGUUGUUGAUUUUGAAGGGAAGUGUCACCAGUUUUAAGUUCUACUAUUUUUACAAUGACAGCUGCGGAUUUUAAACAUGAUCUAGCUGUUGACUUUUUUCCCUUAAAUUGUGCACAAUGAAAUAACUAAAUUUCCUGAACAGUGCGAGUUCCUUUAGGCUAGCAGGAUCACAAUACAUUACCAAAAUGUUAGAGAGUAAUUAUUAUAGAAAAGAUUGAAGUAUAUUGAGACAAUUGAUCCUCCAUAAACUUGGAAAAUUGAACACAAGAUAUAAAUGAAAAAUAACAUGCUGAUGUUUAUGGACGGCUUUUCUCCUCAAAGGUGAAACUCCAGGUCAUGCCACUCCAGGUCAUGCCACUCCAGGCUGGGCAGAAACUCCUAGAACAGAUCGCACUGGUGCUGAGACACCUGGAGCCACACCUACUCCAGGAAGUAAGCGACGUUCACGAUGGGAUGAGACACCUGCCAGUCAAAUGGGUGGCACCACCCCGAUGAUAGGUACUAGUGGCGUGACACCAGCUGGACCUGCAGCCAUGCAGAUGCAGACACCUACCCCAGGACAGAUGGCUAUGACACCAGAGCAGAUGCAGGCAUAUCGCUGGGAGAGAGAAAUUGAUGAAAGGAACAGGUACCUUUCUGAUGAUGAACUGGAUUCAUUUUUCCCAAAAGAGGGAUACAAGGUAUGAGUGUUUUGUUCUUAUUUUGAAUUAAUUAGGGGGGAAAAAGGGUUUUUCCCUUUCUUUUUUUGCCUUUGAGCUUCACAAAGAAGCAGACUAUUCUCAAGCAGAUUUGAAGUCAAUUCUGUGGAAUGGUGUGGACUUUAUCUGAACCAGUCUUCAUUUGGUAACUGUUUAAAUGUUUCACUCUUAUUGUUUUAAACAUGUACUAGUAAUGCUUUCAAAACUUGUGGUCCUUUUCCAAUGCAUGUGCAAUAAAAUGACACAAAAAGACCUUAAAAUCUUCAAGUGAGAAGAGAACAAGACUUGACUGCACUUCACAAAUUACUGGUUACCACCAGUUUCUUGUUUCUUGUUUCUUGUUUCUUUCAAACUUUCCAUAAACCUGGGCCAGGUUGUUUAAAGUGGGGUUAAGAUAACCCAGGGUUGGUAUGAAAUCUUAUUCCAGAUCUGAAAGCUUUAAAAGGAAGUUCACUAUAAUUUUUUUCAUCUACAAUUUGAUUAUUUUAUGCUCUAAAAAGAACAGAGAAUAUUAUCCAAAAAAGGCUUUUGAACAAAGGAAUAAAGAAACCUGGAUUGAAAGUUAACCCUUGGUUAGUGCUAAUCAGUCUCUGAACAACUGGGCCCUGAUGAUCAACAUUUUAUCUUUUAGAUUCUUGAGCCACCUCCAGGCUAUCAGCCUAUCAGAACUCCAAGCCGUAAGCUAACAGCCACUCCCACCCCUAUAGGGGGAAGUGGCUUUUUCAUCCAGGUAUGUGAUACUGACUUCCUUUCUUGUCAUCCACACUAUCCAUUUAAAAUGUUGGAAAGAUUAUAUGGCUUGUUGAUAUGAUACCAUCUCAUCUCUGUCAUGUGGAAUUUAUUCAAGAUAACGCUUAUGCUGUUGUUGAAAUAUUUCACUUGUGACUAAUUGUUUUCUUUUUAUUUGUUAAUGCAGCAAGAAGACAGAUCAGCCAAACUGGUUGAAGAUCAACCACCUGGUAACUUGCCCUACUUGAAACCAGAUGAUGUACAGUACUUUGAUAAGCUGCUGGUAAGUUGAAAAAGCCCAAGACUUUAUCGGUGUAGACAUACAAGCAGCAGCUCCCACACGUUUUACUGAAAAAAAGAACUGUUAGUUGAUACCUUUUUUAAAAUCUUAUUACUUUUCUUCAGGACAGUACGUAUAUUGUUAGUUGAAUUUCUGUGCUGAUGACUUGAAGGAGGCAAGAGAGUGUACAAUAAUGGUUAUAAAGUAAAACACACCCAAGAGUAUUUUGUUCUAUUUGGAAAAAAUAACUAAAUAAUAGAUUUUUGAAUUUGUUUAAACUGUGCUGUGUCUCACCCGGCCUCAUGAUAUCAACAGGUGGAUGUUGAUGAGAGCACUCUUAGUCCAGAAGAGUUGAAGGAAAGAAAGAUCAUGAAACUCUUACUGAAGAUUAAAAAUGGCACUCCACCCAUGAGAAAGGCUGCCUUGCGUCAGAUCACAGACAAAGCUCGUGAGUUUGGAGCAGGUCCACUGUUCAACCAGAUCCUACCUCUUCUUAUGUCUCCUACACUUGAAGAUCAGGUGACGUAAAAUUUGAACAAACUUCUGCUUUUGUUCUUUUGAUGCUCAGUGUGAAAUGGAAUUUAUAUUUAUUUGGUGAAGUUGGGCAGUUCUUUGCAUGCACUUGUAUUUUAGGCAUAGUUUAUAUGAUUUAAAAACAGUUUGAUGUGGGUUCUUUUGGUUAAUUACUUUGGUAACAUAGCAGGAUCAAAGAAAAAACUGAUCUAUUUUAAAACCAUUUUAAACUAAAACAUAAGUACUUGGACCCUCAACUUCCUGAUAGUAAUGGCCUCUGUCCAUUCAUCACGUGCUUGCUUGGAAGAAAAUAAAUUCCUAGAUACUUUGUGAAAUUGUGUACACACUGAAAUAGCUAGCAUGCACUCAUGUGUACAUCUGUACAUGAAAUCUGAACUCUUAAGCCUGAAUUUUUGUUAAAUGUAAAGAUUUUUUAAAAAUUGUCUACAGCUGUCCUUGCUCAUUUUUACUUUUGAUGAUUCAAUCAUUUUCAUCUCUCUGAUGAAGGAGUUUUUUUUGUUUACAGGAACGUCAUUUGUUGGUGAAGGUCAUUGACAGAAUUCUGUACAAACUUGAUGAUCUUGUUCGUCCAUUUGUCCAUAAGGUAAGCUAAAUGGUUGCUAUGCUUCAGUGCAUCUUUUUCUUAGGUAGUAUGCUCUUUAUAUUCAUGCCAUUUACUGAACUUGGCCUUAUCUCUUGCAGAUCCUUGUGGUUAUUGAGCCACUUUUGAUUGAUGAAGACUACUAUGCUAGAGUGGAGGGACGUGAAAUUAUUUCCAACUUAGCUAAGGUUAGUAUAGGAUUCAUUUUUCUCUUUCUGAAACAAUCUUAUUUUCUCUUUUAGGGUGGUAUAAGAUUGUUGUUUUUUCUUUCCUUUUUUUUCUUUUUCAUUUCAAGGAAGGUGUCUUCCUUCAUAGAGACUUAAACAACUCAUAAAGAGAAGAAAUCAGCUUGUGCAAUAAUUAAGCCGUGUUGAAUAUUGUACAAUUUUCUAAUGUGUGGCCCACAAAGACUGAUCAAAUGUCAUGUAAAUAUGAAGUGGAAAAGAUGAUUUGCUAUAUUGCUAAUGUUUAUCUGUCUUUUAGGCUGCUGGUUUGGCUACAAUGAUCUCUACCAUGAGACCUGAUAUUGAUAAUAUUGAUGAGUAUGUCCGUAACACAACAGCAAGGUAAGCUCCAUACAUAUUAGUCAAUAAAAGUUUGUGUUUAGUUUUUUAUCUCCAAUCAUAUAUGUUGAUGUAAAUGUACAUGUACAACUUACAUGACUGUUGUGAUCUAUUCAUUGCAGAGCUUUUGCAGUUGUAGCUUCAGCUCUUGGUAUUCCUUCCUUGUUACCAUUCUUAAAAGCUGUAUGUCGCAGCAAGAAAUCAUGGCAAGCACGUCACACUGGAAUCAAAAUUGUCCAGCAGAUAGCCAUUUUGAUGGGAUGUGCUAUCUUGCCUCAUUUGAGAAACUUAGUGGAGAUUAUUGAACAUGGUAAGAGAGGUUGUAGAGAAGAUUUUAAGAUUGAAAGCUCAAAAGAGCAAAUGACACAAUGUAUAGCCCUAUGCAGUACAAAAUUCUUAGGUAGAUUGAUAUCAUUUACCAUAAUUUCCAGCCGAUUACCCACGGGUAAUCUAUUAAUUUUUCCACAAACAGUUGUUAGUGCGGGUUAUAGGAAGGUGCAGGUAAUGCAAUAAUUUUUAAAGCUUCUGGCUGUAAAUGGGGAGAAAUUAUGGUAACUAUCUUAAACUAUCUUAUCCACACUUACUGCGCAGUGUUAGCUAUAGCUUUCUUCUAGACUCUACCAACAAAAUAGUAAAGGGAGUUACAUCUAUCAAAGAUACCAUAUUUAGAACAUAGAGAUAUUGUCCCCUGUAUUGUGGAAAGAGUAGAUAAUGUCUGGAUGGAAGAAUGUAAUAGCAUAGCUACUGAUGAACAUCCAGAAAGGACAAACAUGCAAUUUCUCCUUUCAAUUUUACUACAUUAUCCUGCAAACCAUGAUGGGAGCAGACAGGCUUUCAGGCAAGGGGAUUGUUCUCGAUUUUUCACCAAAUUAUUUAAUCUGAGUUACAAAGAAAUGUUUACUAGUAAUGCACCAAGUAAUACCUUUAUGGGUAUUCUGUGGAUGAGUAACACUCUUGAAAUAUAUAUAUAUAUAUAUAUCUUGGCUGCUUUGUUAGGUUUGGUUGAUGAACAGCAGAAGGUGCGAACUAUCACUGCUCUUGCCUUGGCUGCCCUGGCUGAAGCUGCUACACCCUAUGGUAUUGAGUCCUUUGAUAGUGUUCUGAAGCCCUUGUGGAAGGGUAUAAGACAACACAGAGGAAAGGUAACUUUUUAAAAGAAUAUGCCACAGAGCUUAGUGGAGAGUCUUGGAUUUUCUAGAAACUACAGAAAUUUAAACACUUAUAAGGCCUCUAAUAAGCAUGGAUAAUACAGAUGAAGUGUUUAUAAAAUAGCAAGAUGUCUGGAUGUUUUUCCAAGGUGCAAGAAGUGGUCAAUUCUUGUUGAGAUCCAAUUCUGCUGAAGUAAAUAUCUCUCAAAUUUCCUUGGCCAAAUGUUAUUGUACAAGGUCUGAAAAUUUUGAAUUUGGGGUCAACUAUUGACUACAGUGUGCAUUAACUUAAAAUCUUCUACACAGGCCUUGUGGUUUGGCUGAAAACUUUGAAUCUGGAAAAUGAAGAUGUUGCACACAAAAUCUUACCUUAUUGUUUCUUCAAAAGUAACGUAUUUGAGAGAGACACUUUGCUGCCUUAUCUAUUCUGCAUUUAUCACUGUUUUGUGUCCAGAGAUUUGGACGUGGGUUGAAUAAAAAGGGUGAAGGUUUUUCAUACCAUUGCAUACUUCAAAUGUGUUUUUGUAGGGUCUGGCUGCCUUUCUGAAGGCUAUUGGAUACCUUAUUCCGCUCAUGGAUGCAGAGUAUGCCAACUACUAUACCAGAGAAGUGAUGCUGAUCUUGAUUCGUGAGUUUCAGAGCCCUGACGAAGAAAUGAAAAAGAUUGUGUUGAAGGUAAAACAGCUAAAGAAUUCUUGUUUUUCUUGAAAUCGGGUUGAUUGGUUAACAUACUUCAGAAAUGGUCCACCAACUUAACAUUGCGAACUUUGUUAUAAACCCAAGUGCAAGAUAACAAAACAGAAAAUCAAGUUGUAUCACUGCGCAUGUUUAGUAGCUGGCUAAUAUCCUUUUGGCUUGUCUGGUUUGCAGGUAGUGAAGCAGUGCUGUGCCACGGAUGGUGUUGAACCGCAGUACAUCAAAGAUGAGAUUUUACCAGAUUUCUUCAAACAUUUCUGGCAGCACAGGAUGGCAUUGGAUAGGAGAAAUUACAGACAGGUCAGUCAAGUUCAUGAUAUGUAUGCAUUGUGCUCAAAUUGUAUUAAAAGUAACUUAGCCAGAGUAGUCUGAAAUUUAGGGUCUUGAAGAGUUAAAUUUUUGUAAGCAUCUUGUUAUCAUUGUCAGAAAAGUAAUAAGCGUCUUAGAAACGUUAUUUCUCGAUCUUCUUUUCCAGUGUCUGCAGCGUCAACAUAAUAUAAAACAUCAGUUCUCACUUUUUUCUUUAAGAGAAGCUUUUGUUUUAGAAUGGGUUUUGUAAUCCGUUUUCAAGCACCAAGUAAUACUAAUGUAUACAGUAUUCCAAUCUCAGAAUUUAAAUGGCAUUGCAUAUUAUGUAUAAUUUUGACAGCUAGUGGAUACAACUGUGGAACUGGCUAACAAAGUCGGAGCAUCUGAGAUCAUCAACCGAAUAGUGGACGAUCUCAAAGAUGAAAAUGAACAGUACCGAAAAAUGGUCAUGGAAACAAUUGAAAAGGUAACUUUUACCAUAUUAUUUCUCACCACCCUAACGUCAGAAAGCCAGUUCCUACCAUAUGGUUUCGAGUUAAAUCAUUAAUUGAAUUCCACGAACAAUUUCGUGGCAAAAAGAGGACCGAAACUUCUGACAGAACCGAAAACUUAGCCCCAAAAUUACACCAAAUCUUUCGUCGUGCUUUUUUCCAACUCAAAACUAGAUCAAAUGUCCCAAGCAAAAUUACACUAUAUGUAUCAUGCGCUCACACGUCCUAUAAGGUCACUGUUCUUGAGACCACCAUUUAUGACGUUCUGUAUAUUGUUAUUGUUUUGCUUCUUGUUUGUUUUCUGGAUGAUUUUGAAAAAAAAACUUUAAUGGUUUUUAUUUUCAGACCAUGGGUAACCUGGGCUCAUCCGAUGUUGAUUCCCGUCUUGAGGAACAGCUUAUUGACGGAAUCCUGUAUGCCUUUCAAGAACAAACUCAGGAGGUAAUUACCUUUUGUUUGUUUGUUUUGUUUGUUUUGUUUUGUUUUGUUUUUUCACUCCAAGAGUGACUACCGCACAAACUCUCCAUAGCAUUUCGAUACUCUGUCAAAGACAGGUAAUGAGAACUUUAAAAACAAAAAUCAGCUAAGUUGUAGCCUGAGAGCAGGCGCUCGUUAUAAGUGCUUCGGCACGACUGCUUCUUCGCCCGCUGGAAAGUAUGAGGCGAGUGAGGUUUGCAAGAGGUCCAACACUGAAAAUGAGCAUUAUUAGCGCCAGACCCCCGAAAAACCUCUCCCCUGCUCGUCUCCAAUCCUCCCGCGGGCGGAGAAACUCGCCUCUUAGAGCGCUAAUAAAGAGGGCCUGCUAGCUGGCUAGCUCAUUUGUCUCGAUAAAACACUAAAUUUUUUGAAACAGCAAACAAACAAAAAAAUAAAUAUCAACUAGAAGAACUAGCUUUCGGUUUCUAAGGGUUGAUACCUCAUUAUUUGUCCAGCAGAAUUCUCAUUUCCGUGAGGAUAUUUGGUGAACAAUGAUGCGUUUUCUGUUCUUUCACUAGCUUCUCGCCUAAUCACAUUUUCUCUCUAAUUUUGUGUUGUGGCCUUUUGUGAAAAUGCUGAUUUUUCACUGACCUUUACUCAUUUGUUCUCCUUAGGACAUCGUUAUGUUGAAUGGUUUCGGUACAGUGGUGAAUGCACUGGGUAAGCGUGUUAAGCCAUACCUGCCUCAGAUCUGUGGUACAAUCCUGUGGAGAUUAAACAACAAAUCAGCUAAGGUCAGACAACAGGCUGCUGAUCUCAUAUCAAGGAUCGCUCAAGUCAUGAUGACCUGCGGAGAGGCAAGUAUAUGUUUCAGAGUGAUAUUCUUUUUCUACUUUUUCUCUGUUUCUUGCUUUGUUGAUGACUUUCACUUAGGUUGUCAAACGUCAGUCACUAUUACCGACAAUAUUCCCUUUCCGUACUACUCUUACCCUAACGUUCAGACUUCACUAUCAACAAGUCUUUCAUAUGAUAAAGUCACUAAUCUGCCUUACGCGAAGUAGAAGGAAGAUCGGAGUACGCAAGGAAAAAGCGAAAAUUUUGAAGCUUAUUAAGUCCUGAAAUCCGUGGAGAGAAUAAUUUGUAACGUCCUGUAAUUUCUCUACAUUAUACAGCCAACGGGCGAGCUAUCAACAUCAAUGGUUACUUCUUACUAAUUGCCUCGCAGGUCCCGAUCGUUAGUAUGAUCAUUUAUAACACUAUGAACAUUUCCAAAACGUUUCUGUUAUCUCUUCUUUCUUUUUUUCUUAUCUAACGUAACAUGGAAUUGUCUUUGUCUACAGGAGAAGCUCAUGGGUCACUUAGGUGUCGUACUGUACGAGUACCUUGGAGAAGAGUACCCUGAAGUACUGGGGAGUAUCUUGGGGGCCCUUAAGGUGAGCAAACACACUUAUAGGAAAUUAUAGUAAAAGGAUUUGUUUAACAUCACCUAAAACAGUGAAUUUUCUAUGAAACCGCUUUAACUCCAGAAAAGUUUCCUUUACAUUGUUAAUAAUGUACAUUAAAAAAUUACUCGCUCUGAUUGGCUGAAAACGAGUGCAGUCUCCUGUAACACGAGUGCAAAGUUGUAACGUGAGUGCAAAUUACAAAUAGCGUGUUGUAGAAAUUUACGUGUCUUGACUCUGCGAUGUUUUUUCAUUUACAUUACUAAUAGGUAAUUAAAUGAUUUCUCGUGCUAUGUGGUGUAAUAAAGCACUUGUAAAUUCUCCAAAGACAGCAAAUUGCAUUUGCCCUACGGCUCGUGAAUUUUUGUUGUCUUUGAAAAAUUUACUCAUGCUUAUUAACACCAAAUUGCAAUCGAAAUCGUGUCAUUACCUAUACAAAUUGCAAAUGCAGGGCGUGAAAUUGCGCCUAAUACAGGCGCCAAUACGACUAAAUCUUUCACUUUGGCGACCAAAUCCUGAAAAUUAGUCGCCAAAUUGGCGACUAGAAUGUUUCAUCAUAAAUUGCGAAAUAGUGAAAUUUGCAAAGAUAAAUUUAGCAAACUUCCUCGUUAAGUUUGUUUCAAAACGCAGCACAUGCGUCUCAGAUCGAUAACUUAGUAGAUUUAGGUGAGCUUGAACGUUGCAUAUCAUCCAUAAUGUCCACUUUGUAAAGGAAAAAUUUCUAGAACGAUGACACGUAAAAAAAGGUUUUGUUUGUCUUUGAAAAUGGCGACCAAAAUAGACUAAUUCACCGAGUGGCUCAGAAAAAAAAAAAUUAAUUUCACGCCCUGAAAUGUAAAUUUUAAAUUUACAACUGUAAAUUUCCGGCCAGAUCUUGUGCAAGUGUAAUUGUUGAGGAAAAGUUUGUAAGGGACAAAAUUUGUCGAAAUAGACUAAUUCACCGAGACUCUUGUCAGUAAAAUUUUGAACUGAGUAAGAGUAAUUCUACUCCAGCGUCUUUUCCUGGACAAGAUUCAUCGACAAGUUUCUAUUUCCAACAUAUUCGAUGCAAAACUUUGCGCUCGAAAAUUGCACCACUACUAUUGGGAAGACUCUCUAUUAUGAAUCCCCUUUACGUCGUUAGUUCAUUUUCAAAACUGCUCAAGAUUUACAGACAAAGAGAUGGCGAUCGGCAAGAAUAAUUAGCUUUGGAUUUUACAGUUCUGUUGGCAUGAACGAACAGUAAAUAGUUUUUAAAAGAGCGUUGCUUAUGUGAAGACCGGAUACUAACCAUUAGUGAUUUGUUUGUUUAUAGGCAAUUGUCAACGUUAUUGGAAUGAACAAAAUGACUCCACCCAUCAAAGAUCUUUUGCCGAGACUCACACCCAUUCUCAAGAACAGGUGCGGGUUUUUCCAUUUUAUGUUUUUUCCUAUCUUACCAAAGGAAGCACGACCUUGUAGCGCGAGCAAUGACGAACACUGAAGCUUUGUUGAACGUUAUUAAAAGCCACUGAAAAAUUUGCAUAUAAAAAUGAGACAUCGGAUUGAGAAAACGGAUAUUAAAACAAGCUGAUAUUAUGUAGUGUCUGUUACUUUGAAGGAAAAUUUUCGCUUCACAUUCUAGCACUUCGAAAUAUCGAUGUUACAAAGGCUCAUAGAGAGCUAGAAAUCAUCUUUACAUCUGGUCUUUUCCUUCACCAGACACGAGAAGGUUCAGGAGAACUGUAUCGACUUGGUUGGUAGGAUUGCAGACAGAGGAGCAGAACAUGUCGGUGCGCGUGAGUGGAUGAGAAUUUGUUUUGAGCUCCUUGAACUGCUGAAGGCCCACAAGAAAGCUAUCAGAAGAGCUACUGUCAACACCUUUGGAUAUAUCGCCAAGGCAAUUGGGUAAGUUACUUACUGCAAAGCUAAGCCAGUUCUGCAAUUGUUGCCCAACGGUCCCCACUAUGUUUCAUGUCUUCGCUUUUAGGUUAGUUGACACAUUCGGCUGCUUACUCGUCGUGAUAUUUUUCUUCGUAUUACGGACAUCCUGUAAAAGAAAUUUUAUCAUUUUUUUUCAAUGCCCAUGUCUGCUAAUUUCCUAUAAACAGAGGUUUGGAAACGAAAACAAAAAUAAUUUAGUCAAUGCAAACUUUAUCUUUUUUGUGAAAUUUUAAACAUUUUCCAUUUGUGAAGGAAAAUCUCUGGCAUAUAUAUGUUGUUUGGCCAGAGAUUGUUCUUUGAGUUACACUAAGUCGCAUAAACAAAAAUUUUAAGUGUUUUGUUGAUUAAUACCGACGUCUUCUCACUCAAUUCCAUGUUAUCUUUUCCUGUCGUUUAGUCCUCAAGAUGUACUCGCCACUCUGCUCAACAACUUGAAAGUGCAGGAACGGCAGAACAGAGUGUGCACCACUGUCGCUAUCGCCAUUGUUGCAGAGACAUGCUCGCCAUUCACUGUUCUACCAGCCCUAAUGAAUGAAUACCGUGUCCCAGAGCUGAACGUCCAAAAUGGCGUCCUCAAGUCACUGUCGUUCUUGUUUGAAUACAUUGGCGAAAUGGGAAAAGAUUACAUCUAUGCCGUGACACCUUUAUUGGAAGAUGCUCUCAUGGACAGGUUAGACACACCUGUGAAGCGUUUUGUAACUAAAAGUUUUAUAGAGCAUCUCUUUUUGAGCGUCGCAACGAGGAUUCUCGGCGGUUUCAUACUUUGAUCGAGCCUGAAAACUCGUACCAUCCCCAUAAUCAAUCAGACUGUGCUGUUCAAACACUUAAUUUAACGGCGCUCUGUAAAGGGAUAUAUACCAACAAAUUGUAAUUGGUUUCUGUAUCCUCCAAACAGAAAAUGGACCGAAAUCUUUAGCUAAAUUUAGGCGGGCUGGCAGGUUUACUUCAGUAUAAGGAUCGUCAACGCUCCGAGAGCCGACGGGGGGUGGGGAGGGACUGAUUUAUUUCCAGGUCAUUGAAACGGGUGAGGGGGGGCUUUGUAGAAUCUCUAAAUUUUAGACAGGGGCUUAUUCAGCCGUUUACGGUAUCUGCAAUGACCCUCAUAGGAUUAGUUAUUGUCAGUCUUCGUUCAUAACAGAAUGACCUUUUCAUGCGUAUUAGUUACUUAUUCUUACGACUGGUCUUCCAAUCCUUUCAGAGAUCUGGUUCAUCGCCAAACAGCGUGUGCCGCAAUAAAGCACAUGGCCUUGGGAGUGUCAGGCUUUGGCUGUGAAGAUGCUCUCACUCAUCUUAUGAAUUACGUGUGGCCCAACAUCUUUGAGACGUCGCCUCAUGUCGUGAACGCAGUGAUGGAGUCUAUCGAAGGCAUGAGAGUGGCUUUAGGACCUUCUAAAGUACUUCAAUAUUGUUUACAGGUGAGAGGCUAUAAAACUCUUUGCUAUGCGAUAAUAUUGUAGAGGUUUUCUCCUUCGAAGUUUUUGUUUUUGACGUGAGUUGAAUCUGUUUACUACUGCCAAUCAUUUCUCUUGCACCAUGUCAAAAGGGUAUUGUUUCUUUCGAUUAACUUUACAUCUUCCAUGUAAUGUUACGUUGCGUUACAUGUCGUGGCUUAUCGAUAGUUUUGUGAUGGAUAAAUCUUUGAAAAAAGCUUUUCAUCUUACGUUUUUAUCGUUACAUUUCCCAGGGAAUGUUUCAUCCGGCGCGAAAGGUUCGAGAUGUCUACUGGAAGAUUUACAACAGCUUGUAUAUUGGAUCACAGGUAAAACUGUCACUAACGUUUACUCUUACCAUAUAUCCUCCUCCGUCUUAGUCGUGUUUUCAUUUAUGUGUUAUUCAGAAAUUUUUAGCUAAGUCACCGCUUUUUGUCUCCUUUUAGGAUGCUCUGGUAGCAGCAUAUCCUACAGCACCCAGUGAUGAAAAGAACCAUUUCUCAAGAUCCGAACUAUCCUAUUUCCUCUGA